UAUUGAAAUUAUAAAAUUAACCUUCUAAUUUUCUUAUUUUCAAAUGUUACUAAAUACAUAUGUACUUCGCUUAUCUUGAGUAAAUAUAAUGUUAUUUACUUAUUAUAUUCAUUAAAGUUUACCUGAGCAAUAUGAGGGACCGAUUAGCUGCGUUAAAAGCUGCUAGUAAGGACCACAGUAAUAACGAGACAAAUAUUCAAAUUGAGGCGGAACCUUUAAAUCAAGAAUCCAGUUCACUAAAGAAUACCUUUGAAAGAGGCCAAGUAAUUCAACAAUGGAUAGAUUCAAUAGAAAAGAACAACGAACAAAUGAGGGAGUAUACUACCAAAAGUCAGAUUCAAUCCGUCUUCGACCAAAAAGGCAUAAAUGAUAAAAUAGAAGAUCUCUUUGCUAAAAACAAGGCGAUAUGCAUGAAAAUAAGUGGUAAACUGAAGGAAUAUGAGAACGAACUCAAAACCACCGCCACGCAUUCGGCAGAAGAAAGAAUAAAAUCGGUACAGUAUAACAGUUUGAAUAAAAGAUAUGUCGAGGCAUUUAAAACCAGCAAUUCCAUUAUGGAAAAGCACAGCAACAACAUUAAGGAUUCAAUUAAAAGCCAACUGAGUAGUAAAGGAUUAGUUGUAACAGACCAGGAAUUAGAUGAGUUGAUUGAAAAAGGAGAAGACAUCCAAGUUUUUACUGAUAAUAUUCUGGCUGAAACAGCGGAAGCUAAACGUAUGCUUCAAGACAUAGAAGAAAGACACGAGCAUCUUCUAAAAAUUGAAAGGACUCUAGUCGAAGUCAGGGAUAUGUUUAUUCAGAUUAGUAUUUUAGUUGAUAGUCAGCAAGAAAUAAUUGACAGAAUAGAAUAUCAGGCUGAACAAGCUAGAGAUUUUGUAUUGAAAGGGGAGCGCCAAAUACAAAAGGCGAAAACAAAUAAGAAGAGAAGUUUAAAAUGUAAAAUAAUUAUUACUGUCGUAGUAGUCGUAUUUAUACUAAUAUUAGUGGCAUCACUUUUGAGUUGAAAUUCACAAAAGUAGUUUUAUUUUGUACAUGAUUUUUAGUUAAUAAUUACAGAAAUAAGUGAUUAG